AUGGCAAAGCUUCAGAUCGUCGUCCUCUUUUCCAUUGCUGUCUUUCUAACAAUGCUUGUCGAAAGCAUAAUCGCCCUUCCCCAUGACUUGGAACAUGGAUUGGUGAUUAAUCGCCGUCCGGAGAUCUACUUCGAUGCAAAUGUCGUAGAUAAAGCCUAUCGACUCUGCUGGAUGGAAAUUCAGAAGGACAUUCUUACGGGCAGAACAAAAAGAUCUGGCUACCCAAAGUGGUAUCCCUUAUCUGGCGGUCGUCGCUACUUCUUGCCCCAUUCAGAAAGACAAAAACUCUCCAUAGGAGAAAAAUGUCUUCUUAUGAGGGGUAUUGAAGUAGUUCGACACCAAGAGAGGAUGAUGAACAAGAAGCUUUUUGGCAUAAAAAGAGGACCUGUCGAUGCUUAA